GCAGUCUGUCGUGGCAGCUCGUACCGGAAUAGUCGAGAGUUUGCUAAUCGAGGGUGUUACCAUCGAUGCGAAGAUCCUUCGUCGGGUAUAUAAUAACUUUGAUGUUGUUUCGCACUGCAUUUUUAUUCGAGUAGAUUAAUUGAAAGGAAUGUUAUUAUACAAGGGUGAAUCGAGAGUCCGGGGUCGGGGGAUUUCAUAGUUAUAUUCCUCGUUUUUCAAUGUCACAAUCGACUGCCGUAUAAGAGACGUUUGAAGCAUCUCGAGAGGCGCUUCCGUAUUGCUAAUAAAUCAAAGUGGCUGCUGAACCGACCAUCUUUUUUAUACCGCGCGCUAAUAAGCGUGCAGCAGAGUUUUUCUCUGCGGCUGUCAGUAAAAAAUCGUAAGAAUAAACGACCGCGAAGAUCUGCCGAGUGUCGCGCGAGACAAAUGACUAUAAAUAUUAUCGAUUUUGGAGUGCAAAUAAAAAAAAGGCUCCAUUGAUUUUUCGCCGGUCUCGAUUUUUUCGGCUCGUUUAAAUAAGGAAAAGUAAAAUGAAUAUCGAGGAAUUUCGGGUGCACGGUAAAGAAAUGAUCGACUACAUGUGCGAUUACAUGCGAACCCUCGAGGGUCGGAGAGUCACAGCGAACGUUGAUCCGGGCUACCUGAGGCCUUUGCUGCCCAGCGAAGCACCCAACAAACCGGAAACUUGGGAAACCAUAAUGCGGGACGUUGAGAAUAAGAUUAUGCCGGGGAUAACCCACUGGCAGCAUCCAAAGUUUCACGCUUACUUCCCAUCGGGGAAUUCAUUCCCGUCGAUCUUGGGCGACAUGCUGUCCGAUACGAUCGGGUGCAUCGGUUUUUCCUGGGCAGCGAGUCCGGCCUGCACGGAAUUGGAGGCGAUAGUUUUGGACUGGUUUGCAAAAGCGAUGAGUCUACCGCGUGAAUUUCUGACGGAAUCGUCAACGUCGAAGGGCGGAGGUGUGAUUCAGGGCUCGGCCUCGGAGUGCAUCCUGGUGACGAUGUUGGCGGCUCGGACACACGCGAUAAGAAUUCUAAAGAAGCAGAAACCGACGAUGGAGGAUUCGAGCUUCCUGCCGAGGCUGGUCGCUUAUUGCUCGACGGAGUCUCACUCGUGCGUCGAAAAAGCUGCGAUGAUCUGUUUGGUGAAGCUGCGAAUCCUGGAACCGGAUGAGAAGUGCUCUCUUCGCGGUAAGACCCUGGAGGCAGCGAUAAAGGAGGAUCUUUCGAACGGUCUCGUGCCGUUUUUCGUCUCGACGACAUUGGGCUCGACGGGCUGCUGCUCGUUCGACAACCUCGUCGAGAUUGGCCCGAUCUGCAAAAAGUUUCGGGCCGUCUGGCUCCACGUGGACGGAGCUUACGCGGGCAAUUGCUUCAUUUGCCCGGAGCUGCGACCGCUGAUGGCCGGGCUCGAACACGCGGACUCGUUCAACACAAACCCGAACAAGUGGCUCCUCGUCGCUUACGAUUGUUCUUGCUUGUGGGUGAGGGACCGGGUCAAACUUACCUCGGCUCUCGUGGUGGAUCCGCUUUACCUGCAGCACGCCAACUCGAACGAGUCGAUCGAUUACCGGCACUGGGGCAUCCCUCUGAGCCGCCGGUUCCGUGCCCUCAAACUCUGGUUCGUCAUGCGAAGCUACGGUAUAACCGGCCUCCAGAAUUACAUCCGCAAUCACAUCAGACUGGCGGCUCGGUUCGCCGGAAUGAUCCGGAAGAACAAGCGCUUCGAAGUCAUGAACGACGUGAGAAUGGGCCUCGUCAGCUUCCGGCUCAAAGAGAGCGACGAAAUAAAUCAGGAACUGCUCGCCAAUAUCAACGCCUCGGGCAAGCUUCACAUGAUCCCCUCUAGAAUGAAGGGAAUGUACAUCAUCAGAUUUUGCCUCGUCCGUGAGAACGCGACGAUCGAAGAUGUCGAGUACGCGGUAAGCGUGAUCGAGGAACACGCCAACGAAGUCCUCAUGGCCCAUUACGAGGGUCCCGAAGCCGAAAUCAUGGCCAAAAGUCCCAAAAGUCCUAUCUCACUGGACAAGAAACUCGUCCGCAAGUUCAGCUUCACCAGGAGCGUCACGAGGGACGCGUACAAAAAGGCCAAAUCUAAGCAGGGCCUCCACGAUGGCGCCACGCCGAUCAUGGUCGUCGAAGACAAUAUUCCACAGAUCGACGACGAUUCGGUCUGUAACGAUCGGUAGACCGCGCUCAUGCUCGAGGUCCCACCGAGAUCGAGAAGAAAUUCUUCCUCGUUGACCUGAGCGAGAAUACCCGAUGACGAGGGAAUUCCCGUAUGCCAUGAAACACUCAUUUAGUGCAAAGAUUACGAGAGCGACCAUCUUGAUUCGUACUAAAUUUCGUCGUUAGGAGUGCGCGAUACUUUCUCGGUUGCGCGUCGUGGCGGGUGAAAACGACUCCAUUAAACGAAAAACGACGAUGUCGCCGUAUACUUGGCAUUUGGGAUUAACCAUGGCAGUCAAAUCGUCGUCGGGACUUUGAUAAUUCAUAUAAUGAUUAAUAAAUGAACACUUUUUAAUCGUCAGAGAACCACGCAGAAUCUCCGCUUCCGUUGAAUCGUGACGAUCGUGUCAGAGCUUCGAUAUACUCGAACCGUUAGUGAAAUAGAAAUAAUAAAAAUAGUGAAUUCGUAAUGCUUUUUCGAGAAAAAAAAAAAACAUUAUAAUUGUCUCAAAUGCUCCGUCAUAUGAUUAUAAUAAAUAUCGUAUAAAAAGUGUGAAAAUAUAAAUUUAUUGGGAAAAACACUUAUCCGUUGAUCGUCCAACUUUAGAUAAAUUUAUAGUGAUUAUAAAAAAGCAUGUUAACUGUAAUGGGAAAAUGUGAAACGGAAAAUCGAAGCCUAGAUUAGAAUGUUAAAUUAUCACCAUCACCGUCAGCUUUUGUUUCAAAGUUUCUCAAAAAAUUGUAUCCCGAUCGAUGUACAAAUAAAUAAAUCAUUUCGUGCCAGUAA